GCCGCAACUGGUUGUUCCUUUGAUCAUCGCGUGCGUGGAGGCGUUUGUCGUUCCUUUUUAUAGCUGCCCUCUCACCCACUUUAUUGUAUCCAGGUAUCGAGCUACUCUUUCCGCUUUCUUCAUCCUCAACCGACAAUCAUGCGCGACUUCAUCCUGGCCUCUGUGGUCACGGCCGCUGCCUUGUUCCCCGGGCAUGCUGAGGCUGUUGCUGCCAACCCUCUUCCCGCACCAAGAAACAUUGUCUGGGGUAACUCUGGCUGCUUCUCCUUUGACCCUUCUGCUUCAUUCGAUGUUCCAGAGUCAAAGCUUCUCAGCGAUGCUGUGGACCGUACCAAGAAGAGCAUCACCACGCUCAAGUGGGUUCCUCAAGCCGUUGAAGCCCCAGUUAGGGAGUUUGAACCGUUCCCAGGCUCCACAACGAAAGCAUCUAGGCGCAAGCAUAAGAGGCAAUAUAACGCGCCACCGGCUGGAAACUGCACGGGCUCGGUAAAAAGUGUCAGGAUCACUCUGGUUCACCCCAAUGCCGACCUUCAACACGGCGUCGAGGAAUCCUACACUCUCAACCUCAAGCAAGGCUCUGAUACUCUCUUCAUUACAGCUCAGACCGUCUACGGUGCCCUCCAUGCUCUCACCACCCUCCAGCAAAUCGUCAUCAGCGACGGCACUGGCAAGCUUAUUAUUGAGCAGCCCGUCAGCAUCGUGGACUGGCCUCUCUACCCCGUCCGUGGCAUCAUGAUUGACACUGGCCGCAACUUCAUCUCCAAGGCCAAGAUCGAAGAGCAACUCAACGCCAUGGCCCUUGCCAAGCUCAACGUCCUCCACUGGCAUCUCGUCGACUCUCAGUCCUGGCCCGUUGAAGUCAAGCAGUACCCUACCAUGACAGAAGACGCAUACUCUGCCAACGAGAUGUUCACCCAAGACACGCUCAAGGAGAUUGUCAGCUACGCCGCUGCACGUGGUAUCCGCGUCAUCCCCGAGAUUGACAUGCCCGGCCACGCCAGCUCCGGCUGGACCCAGAUUGACGAGAACAUUGUAACCUGCGAGGACAGCUGGUGGUCCAACGACGACUGGCCCAAGCACACUGCCGUGCAGCCCAACCCAGGCCAACUCGACAUCUUGAACAACAAGACGUACGAAGUCACAGGCCAAGUGUACAAGGAAAUGACAUCGAUUUUCCCCGACAACUGGUUCCACAUUGGCGGCGACGAGCUCUUCGCAAAUUGCAACAACUUCUCCGCCCCGGCCCUUGCUUUCUUCAACAGCGGAAAGUCUAUGGGCGACCUCUACCAAGUCUGGGUCGACCGCGCCAUCCCAAACUUCCGCAGCAUCGCAAACAAGACGCUUGUCAUGUGGGAAGACGUCAAGCUGUCCGCCGACGUAGCCGCCACGGGCAACGUGCCAAAGGACAUCAUCCUCCAAGCCUGGAACAACGGCCUCGACCACAUCAGCAACCUCACCGCCCAGGGCUACCGCGUCAUCGUCUCUAGCUCAGACUUCAUGUACCUCGACUGCGGCUACGGCGGCUGGGUCGGCAACGACCCCCGCUACAACGUCAUGGUCAACCCAAACGCAAACGACACUUCCAUCCUCAACUUCAACUGGGGCGGAGGCGGCGGCUCCUGGUGCGCUCCUUACAAGACUUGGCAGCGCAUCUAUGACUACGACUUUACGCUCAACAUGACUGAUGCCCAGAAGAAGCUCAUCCAAGGCGCCAUCGCUCCUCUCUGGAGUGAGCAAGUCGAUGACGCGGUCGUGAGUCAGAAGAUGUGGCCGCGUGCUGCGGCCCUCGCUGAACUCGUGUGGUCUGGCAACCGUGACUCAAAGGGCAACAAGAGGACUACAGAGCUCACACAAAGGAUCCUCAACUUCAGGGAGUACCUCGUCGCCAACGGUGUGAGCGCCAGCCCGCUGAUGCCAAAGUACUGCCUCCAGCACCCGCACGAGUGCGAUUUGUACCUCAACCAGACGGCGCUCUGGACUUAGGUAGUUCAUCGGAAACUUGAAGAGGUGGUGUGGGAUUUCAUCGACUGCACAUGCAUGUUCAUAUGGAAACGAUUGCGAAUGGAUGACAUGGUAAUGGUGGAGGAAUAUCGGGUGCAUUUCCCUUUUUCUUCCUCUUCUUUAUUGCCUUGGGGCAAAAGCCUGAGUCUUUAUUUCUUCUCUGUCGAUAUAGGUUACCCACUACCUCUUUUGCAAUACAUAAUCUUUCCUCAUG